AUGGCGGUGGUGGCGCCGCUGCUGGCGCUGCUGUACUCGGUGCCGGGGCUGUGCCGCUGGCUGGCGCGGCCCUACUACCCGCUCUCUGCCCUGCUCGCCACCGCCUUCCUGCUCGUCCGCAAGGUCCCGCCGCUCUGCCAAGGGCUGCCUUCCCAGCGGGAGGACGGCAACCCCUGCGACUUCGACUGGCGGGAGGUGGAGAUCCUCAUGUUCCUCAGCGCCAUCGUGAUGAUGAAGAACCGACGCUCCAUCACUGUGGAGCAGCACAUCGGGAACAUCUUCAUGUUCAGCAAAGUGGCGAAUGCCAUCCUCUUCUUCCGCCUUGACAUUCGCAUGGGCCUGCUCUACCUCACGCUCUGCAUAGUGUUCCUGAUGACCUGCAAGCCGCCCCUCUACAUGGGCCCCGAGUACAUCAAGUAUUUCAGCGACAAGACCAUAGAUGAGGAGCUGGACCGGGACAAGCGGGUGACCUGGAUCGUCGAGUUCUUCGCCAACUGGUCCAGCGAGUGCCAGUCCUUCGCCCCCAUCUUUGCUGACCUCUCUCUCAAGUACAACUGCUCAGGGCUGCACUUCGGGAAGGUGGACGUCGGCCGGUACACGGACGUCAGCACCAGGUCUGGGGGGGGGCCCCUCCACAGGUACAAGGUCAGCACCUCGCCCCUCACGAAGCAGCUGCCCACCCUCAUCCUCUUCCAGGGCGGGACGGAGACCAUGCGCCGGCCGCAGAUCGACAAGAAGGGCCGGGCCGUGUCCUGGACCUUCUCCGAGGAGAACGUGAUCCGGGAGUUCAACCUCAAUGAGCUCUACCAGAAGGCCAAGAAGCAGUCGAAGCCGCGGGAGGAGGGGCCCGAGGAGCCCCCCGCCGGGCACCCCCCCGGCGAGACCAAGAAGGACAAGUAGAAGCCGCCCUGUGCUGUCACCCAUCACCAUGUCACCGCCACCCGG